AGCGGAUUAAUGACUGAACCGGAGGUGACACUUCUGCUUUUCAGGCCUUAAGUACCCUCAACCCUGGUGAAGAUGGACACAACAGACUUGACCCUGAGCUGAGCAGCCUGCAGAGAAGAGAGACAGUUGAUUUAUCUAUUUAUUGAACUUUUAUUGUACCAUUUGAGUCUCUGACAUUUCGGGUAAAGAUGGUGACCUGUGGAACUCUGGUGAAGAUCUGGACAUUAGCCUUCGUCAUAGCAGCACUGGGCUGGACUGGGACAGAUGGAGAAAAGCUGGUGUCGUGCUGUAAGACAGUGUCUAGGACAGAGAUGACCGAUCCCAUCACAGGCUACUGGAUUCAGAACUAUAACGCUCCUUGUAUACGGGCCGUCAUCUUUGAGACGAAGAAAGGUCUGUUCUGUAGUUACCAUAAACAACCCUGGGUACGCCGCAAGAUUCAGCAGUUUGAAAUGGCCCGUCUGAGCUCAACAUUUCUCUCACCCUCCUCUCCGCCCUCUCUCACCUCCACCUCCACCCCUACCACUACCUCCUUACCCUCCUCUCCACCCUCCAUCAACUCCUCUCCUCCCUCUCUCACCUCCACCAGUACCCCCUUAACCUCCUCUCGCUCCUCAUCUCCUCCCUCUCUCACCUCCACCCCUACCUUCUUACCCUCCUCUCCUCUUUCUGUUUUCUCCUCUCUUUUCCCUCUUUCCUCCUCUUCUCCAUCCAUACCUUCCUCUCCUCCCUCUCUUUCCUCCUCUCCUUCCUAUCUCCUCUCCUCUCUUUUCCCUGCCUCCUCCUCUCCUCCCUCUAUCUCUUCCUCUCCUCCCUCUUUCUCCUCCCUCCGUCAUCGGGAAUUGACCAAGAAUGCCUCAACUCAGCAGUCAACAUCCAACCAAUAGAGUCAUUGCUAAUGGCUGAAGCUCCGCAGAUGUUCAAAACUUCCAAUAUGCAUAUUACAUUCAUAUUGAAUAUCUUAUUCAUAUUGACGUUUUUCAUAGUCUGAUUAUCUAGUUAUACUUGAACUCAGUUGCCAUAAUCAUGUUCAAUGGGUUGUUAGAGGUUUUAUGAAUUACAUUUAAGACCCGUGUUGUAUGUGCCCAUUCUUUUAUUUAUUCAGGUACUUAUGGGGGCUUGUAGAACAUUUGGAUGUAUAGAUGAAUAGGUUAAUAUUUGGCUGUUUUUGUAAUUCAUCAUGUCAAUAAGUUAUCAAUGUUAUUUAAUAAAUGUAUUUAUUUAUUAAA